CAAUGACGACUCAUGUCAUGUGAUUUUGGGAGCAUAAAUAGUGGAUCAUAAUCAAUCUGUGAGACAGACUGCCUGAUAAUACAGUUUAUUUCAUCCAGGCUUUGAUCACCAGCACACUGCAGAAAUGUGUGAAUAUAGACAACGGAUCUGCCGUCAGCAUACUGCAGCAAUGCCAAUAUGUGGUGGCUUUACCCCAGAGGAGCCUGUCACUCCAGAGGAGGAGAAGAUCUGCCGUGAGGUGAAGUCAGACAUAGAGGAGAAGGCUGGAACCAAUUUUGAUGUUUACAUUCCUUUAAGCUUUGCUUCUCAGAUUGCGGAAGGGACAAACUAUCUGGCGAAGGUGUACGUUGGAGUGGAUAAGUGCGUUCAUGUGAUGAUAUUUCAAGCUCUCCCCUGCAAUGGAGGCGAACUGACUGUGACUGGAGUCCAGCACCCUAAAACCGCCAGUGAACCUCUGAUCCCAUUUGAUGACUAACCACAUGCAGAAAACAGUCUGUCUUCUCUAAUAACAGACACACACAAUGAUCUGCCAUACUGUAUAGAGGAACUAUUGAAAACUGUUUCAUUCUUCAAUAUUAAACUCAAUAUUCAAACUCUCA